GAGUCAGCGUUUCUACUCUUAUGCGCCUAUUUGUUUCUGCACAUGGCUUUCCGUCUAAACGCCCAACUUAUUAAUUUCAAACAUUAAAUUUAAACCCUAGGUUCUUUGUCUUCAAGAGUUGGGAAUUGUGAGAGAGAGGAAAAGCUAACGAUGGCCUUGGAGAGAGAAGGUGGGCGUGGGGCUAACCAGUUGAGGCCGAUAGACUGUACCCGUAACAUUCUCAGCCGCGCCCAGGGCUCUGCUAGCUGUUCUCAUGAUGCUGGAAUCCCUUUGAAAUACCUUGCAGUCGCCAUAUCCUGUUGCAUAGCAGAAAAUGGACAGAUCAUAUUAGACCCUAGCAAGCUAGAAGAGCAGAAAAUGAAGGCGUUUGUGUGCUUAGCUUUUCCUGGUUCAGCUCGAUCUGUUGUACCUGAAGAGUCAGCGAAUGGGAUUAUCACAUCUGUUACGCGUGGUGUAAUGGCAGUGGACGAUUAUUUACAGUGCAUAGAACAAGGGCGAGCAGCAAUUACACCGCUGUCAAAUAUUCUUAAGAAGAAAUUGCAAUCACAGGCAAGUGAGUGACAUUAGAUAAUUUCCUACUUAAGUUCCGUAAUCAAAUUUUGCAAUGUUAGGGUCAAAAUCGUAGUUAAAGCAGAAUAUUUUAAGUUUCUAUGUGAAAGGAUGGUGGAGUUCCGGUUCAAGCAUUAACUAGUUUUUCGUUAACAUUUUUAUGAUGAAGAUGCACAUUGUAUGGGGGUUACCGUUGUUCCCAGUUUAGUAAAUUACUAAAGUUUCUAAGCUUUUUCUCCAAUGAAAUAGGUAGCAAUUUCUGCUUUUCAGCGGAAAAUUUAAGAAACAUGAUAGUUCAUUUUAAAGGGUCACGACAGUCAUUCUAAUAAAGUGCAUAUUCAAUGAGAAUGAAAUUAAAAGACGAAUAAAAUGAGUUACUAAUGCAAAUGUACAGUAGAAUAAUAACAUGAUGAGUUUGAAUUAUAAAGACGUUAGGAUAGUAUUCUAAUGUUGACGAAGUUUGGAUAGUAUUUCGGUUUUUCUAAUUCUUCGAUUCGGUCCGACAGAUGCUAGGUGAGAGUACUUACCGAACGUUUAGGUUAUAGCUAUCCGAAAUACUUACUUUCACAGUUAAUGUCGUUAAGUUAGCGAACGAGCUCAUUGAAUGCCUAAAAGAGAAUGGGCAACUAGUAGUAACUGAGCAAAUGGGUGGCUGGCUGAACUUGAAUCUCACACCAGAUAAUUUCAGCAACCCACCUAAUCCAUAAAUACACAACCCACACACACUCCCUUUCCCCCAAAAACAUCAAAACAUCAACAUUCUUAGGUUGGAGCUUCGGAUCAAGUUUAACUCGCUUACAACCCAUCAAGCUCCAAUCUUUGGAUUUUGGGUCUGAACACCACAAUACUAUACAGAUAAACCAAAAUUGAAACAAGGGAUUUUUUCUUGCUAUACUUUAUUUUCUUCUGUGUGAUAAAAAUCAAUACCUAUCAAUCAAAGAGGCUUGAGAGCGAGAAUUUGGAAAGGUUGCCCUCGUCAAAGGAAGCUUUGUCGGCUUGGUUUCAGAUUUUUCAAUUUACUGUGCAAGGUGGAAGCUC